UCUGUAAACAUGUGGGUAUUUAGCUAGUUAGUUAGUAGGCUGUACCUUGAAUGACCUAGAUGUGUCAGAAUCACAAUUUUCUUUUUGUUUAAUUAAUCUUACAUAAUAUGUGACAUCGCAGUGGUAAAUGUAACUAUUUUGCAGUCUUAAUUAUGUUCAGAUUUGAUUAAAUGACAUGUACGUGGCUAAUGUAGAGUGGUACAGUGGACAAGCCAUAGCCGUCAUUAGCUAGCUAGCUGUGUUUUUGUAAACAAAGCUAUGCAGGUAACAGCAUAAGCACAAGUCAGUUAGCGAGCUAGUUAGUUAGCUAGAAAAUAUAUUUGCUUCGCGUAGCUAACGGUAUUUGUAGCUGCCACUUCUUACCAAAUUAGUUAGCUAAGUAAAACGAGUAAGAUAACGCAGCUAGCGUAGCGAGCUAUCGAGAUGUCAGCCGUUUUAAGCGAACCUGAUAUUGCCUCGGAAACGGUCGUUUGCUGUUCCGCUUUUACACUUUUACAGCAAACUAGCUGCUGAGUUGAUAAAGAUGUCUUGCAGCAUGACUGUUCAACGCAUGAAGCUAAUGUGGCCAGAGAGCAAGUUAUCUAACUUGCGUAACAAUGACAUAACAGCUGGGAGACUAUCUCAGUGGCCGCUGAAAGUGGUGGAACGCUUUCAGAGUUUGAAUGCUCGUGCCAGCGAACGCUCUCGUGAUGUCUGUGACCUCUUUCCUACGUAUGAGGCUUGGUGGCAGAUACAGUGCUGCUCAGAUAGUUCAAAAGAGAGCUCUGUCGGGGGCGGAUGCUGUUAAUGCACUCAGACCCUUUUAUUUUGCAGUACACCCUGACUUCUUUGGCCAGCAUCCAAGAGAGAGGGAGGUGAAUGAAAACUCUCUGAAAAGAUUAAAUGCCUAUCUAGAGAGUCUUCAAAAGCCAGGCAUGAGGUCACUCAAACCAACAAUGCUCACUUUUUAUGUCCGGGAUACAAAGGAAAAGAUAGAGAGUGAAUGUGACCUGCUGCCCACUGGUUUCCGUUCAGUGACUUUAACUCUGCGGUCUAAGGAUGUCCUUAGCACGGUAGUGGAUAUUUUGAAGUCCUGCAGCUUGUCAGUGGAGCACAUGCAAGAACUCCUCAGAGCCAGAGCAGACAGCAAGAACCCACCCCAACCAGGCGGAACUCCUUUCUAUCGGCCAAUUAAAUGGGACAGGACGUACUACAGCUUCACAGGGUUCAGAGACCCAGAGCAGGAGCUGGAGCAGGCCAAAAAAGUUGAGACUACACUCAGUCAGUGGCUGACGAACAAUGAGCCAGACGCUACGAAAAAGCAGAACGCCAGCAUGCCACGCCGCGCAGAGCUCAAGAGGCUGAAGGGAGAGCUAAUGGAGAAACUGGGCCUGCUGGAUAUCAGGUGGCAGCGCAAAUGGGGUGUUGCACACAGGUGCUGUCAGCUACAGAGUCUAAGCCGCCUCUAUUCACAGAGCCCAGAGGCUAUGCUCAAUCUGAGAGGAUACAUAAUAGUCUUCACUGACCAGUCAGGGAUGAACGCCGCCGGCCAUGUGAUGCUGGGAACGAUGGAUGUGCACCAUCAGUGGACAAAACUCUUUCACAGGUUGCCCAGUUACUGUAGUCUGCUUCAGCAGACAGUGUGGCUAAAGGAUCGGAUCGGGUUGCUGUUAGGGGGCAUCCAGGUGAUGCACAUGGAGCGUGGGGUUGCCAUCCUGCCCCUGGAGGAGCACUACAGCACCCUCAGCACCUUUCACAGGAGGCUGCUGCCCCACAGACUUGCCCUGCACCCCCGUAGCCUGCAGGGCCUCACCAUGACCCUGGAGAAUGACCGUUCCACUCCCACUCUCCAUGCAAUGGGCCAUUUCAUCGUCCCUACCAUCUGUGACCUUGCCCAGCUGCAGAGCUUCCUGCAGAGCCAUGCCGCAGAGGCUCGUGCCCGCUGUCUGCACAAGGACCAGUUGGAGGCAGAGGAGGAGGACGUCGUGUCCAGCUGCAUGCUCGGUCUGUCCCUGCGCAGCCUGUCCAAAGAGCCCAGUGUGUCCAGCAGCCAGAUGAUCCCCUGCUGCACACGCCUGAUGGAGGAGAGGUGGCCACACAUGCAGGGCCUGCACCUCCGCAUCUCCCACUUCUACUCUGUCAUGCAGGAUGGCGAUCUGUGCAUCCCCUGGGACUGGAAGGGCUGAGUCGUUCCUGUACGCGCACAUACACUGCAAGACCUCGGACAGUGGACCUGGAACAUGUGCUGGCGGACUGAGCACGACAGGGUGUGCCAGUUUACCUACUGCUAUGUAUGCUGUAUAGUCGGAAUGCACUUCAGUUCCAUGAUGCAAGCAGAGAGGUGGUUUGCUUUUUUUGAUGUGGAAAUUAUGUUCCUAUAACAAGUGAACAGUACUUGUAUUGUGUAUUGGUAUUUUGGCUGUGUUUACUGUGAUUGUGAGUUUGAACAGAAACACGUGCACAUUGCAGUCUUUUCAUUUAUGAAAGGAAAAUAAAUUACUUGAUUUGUCAUUA